CCCCGCCGAGCGCCGCGGUCCGGUGUGGGGCUGCCCCGCCGGGAUCCCCGCGGCUCCUCCGGUGGGCGCCGCCGGGGAUGUCCGCCCCGGCGCAGCCUGACGCUUCCGGCUCCUUCCAGAGCCCCCGGAGGCUCCCGAAGCGCAAGAGCCGCUUCAAGCGCUCGGACGGCAGCACCUCGUCCGACACCACCUCCAGCAUCCUCCGCAGGCAGGGCUCGGCGGACUCCUACACCAGCCGCCCUUCCCUGGACUCCGACGUGUCCCUGGAAGAGGACCGUGAGGGCGCCCGGCGCGAGGUGGAGAGCCAGGCUCAGCAGCAGCUCGAGAGGGCCAAGCACAAGCCGGUCGCCUUCGCUGUGCGCACCAAUGUCAGCUACUGCGGGGCGCUGGAUGAGGAGUGCCCGGUGCAGGGAGCCGCCAUCAACUUCGAAGCCAAAGAUUUCCUGCACAUCAAGGAGAAAUACAGCAAUGAUUGGUGGAUCGGGCGCCUAGUGAAGGAGGGGGGGGACAUCGCCUUCAUCCCCAGCCCCCAGCGCCUGGAAGCCAUGAGGCUGAAGCAGGAGCAGAAAGCCAGGAGAGCUGGCAAUGCCUCGGGCCUCGGCGACAGCGGGAGCCGGCGAUCGCCUCCCCCCUCCUUAGCCAAGCAGAAGCAGAAGCAGACGCAGCACAUCCCACCCUACGACGUGGUCCCCUCCAUGCGGCCCGUGGUGCUGGUGGGGCCCUCGCUGAAGGGAUAUGAGGUCACCGACAUGAUGCAGAAAGCGCUCUUCGACUUCCUCAAGCACAGAUUCGAUGGCAGGAUCUCCAUCACCCACAUCACAGCCGACCUGUCCCUGGCCAAGCGCUCCAUCCUCAACAACCUGGGCAAGCAGGCAAUCCUGGAGCGCUCCACCACCCGCUCCAGCAUCGCCGAGGUGCAGAGCGAGAUCGAGCGAAUCUUCGAGCUGGCCAAGUCCCUGCAGCUGGUGGUGCUGGACGCUGACACCAUCAACCACCCAGCCCAGCUGGCCAAGACCUCCCUGGCACCCAUCAUCGUCUACGUCAAGGUGUCCUCCCCCAAGGUCCUGCAGCGCCUCAUCAAGUCCAGGGGGAAGUCGCAGGUGAAGCACCUGAACGUGCAGAUGAUGGCAGCUGACAAGCUGGUGCAGUGUCCCCCGGAGCUCUUUGAUGUGAUCCUGGAUGAGAACCAGCUGGAAGACGCCUGUGAGCACCUGGCUGAGUACCUGGAGGUUUAUUGGCGUGCCACGCAUCACCCACCACACGCCCCCCACGCUGUGCCCUCGCCCACUGGCCUGCCAGGCCUGCAGAGCCAGCAGCUGCUGGGCGAGCGGGGCGAGCACUCUCCACUGGAGCACGACAGCCUGAUGCCAUCGGACGAGGCGGGGGACACCUCGCCCCAGCCUUGGGGGGCCACAUCCCAGCACAGCUCCCGGCACCUGGAGGAGGAAGAGGAGUACGGGGACCCCUACCCCGACCUGUACCAGCCCCACCGGCACCACCACGGCAGCGGCCCCGGCACGCCGGAGCGCGCGGGCGAGCGCAACCACGACAGGAACUGGCAGCGCAGCCGGCCCUGGGCCAAGGACAGCUAUUAGGGCUGGGAUAAGGGUGGGGGGCACGGCUGGGAACCGGCCCCACCCCCCCAAACCCCGGGCGCUCCCCGCCUCGCCCCAGCCCCGCGCUGGGGGUGCUCAGACAAUCGAACUCAGCACCGGCAGCUUCCUCUGGCCCGGCCCCGCCCCGGGCGUGAUUUCAGCCAUAAGCACAGCGAGGUUGGGGGGUCAGGAUGCCCCGGGAGUCCCCGAGGAAGUUUUGGGGAGCCUGGGGACAGACACGCGCCUUGGCCGUGUCCUCAGUGUCCCCCCCACCCAUCACAGGUCGGCUCAUUCUCCGCAGGGCAGCUGCCACGGACAGU